UAUUAGGCAUUUUCUUCCAUACUUUACUUUUAAACGACUACGGUGUGCUUAUUUUAAUAUUCCCAAAAAAAUGUCGGAAUAUACUGUUCGAAACGUUGGUGCUAUAAACACUUUGGAACACAGACUUUAUAUUGAAAGGACCGGCACUGUAAUUUCACCUUUCCAUGAUAUCCCAUUAUUCGCAAAUGAAAGUAAAACUGUCUUGAAUUUUAUUGUUGAAAUUCCAAGGUGGACAAAUGCUAAGAUGGAGAUUUCCAAGGAAGAUGAUUUUAACCCAAUUAAACAGGAUGUGAAAAAGGGUAAGCUUCGAUACGUCCGUAAUUGUUUCCCACAUCAUGGUUAUAUUUGGAAUUAUGGUGCUUUCCCUCAGACUUGGGAAGAUCCUACACAAGUCCACCCCGAAACCAAGUCUAGAGGUGAUAAUGAUCCGCUCGAUGUCUGUGAAAUUGGGGAACAAGUAGGGUAUUGCGGACAAAUAAAGCAAGUUAAGGUUCUAGGCAUUAUGGCACUUUUGGACGAAGUUAUCGUUAUUGAUAUCAACGAUCCUUUGGCGAAUAAAUUGAAUGUAAUUAAAUUUGUUGCCAUUUGUACAAAAGACAUCGAAGAUGUCGAAAAUCAUUUGCCUGGCCUCAUUCGAGCAACAAACGAAUGGUUCCGUAUUUAUAAAAUCCCGGAUGGUAAACCUGAAAAUUCAUUUGCGUUCAGUGGGGAGGCCAAAAAUAAGAAAUAUGCUACUGAAAUUAUUCACGAAACUCAUGAAGCUUGGAGGCGUUUAAUUAAGGGUCAAGUUCCCGACAAGACUGAUAAAUAUGAGAUUAGCAUCCCUGGUCAAAUUACUGUUGACGAUCCCAUUUACCAAUCUCUUCCCUCAGCUACUCCAAUCAAACAUGCCCCAAUUGAUCCAUCAA